UCUCGAAUGGGUGCAGGGGCCCAAUUACUUAGGCCAUCUUCCACUGCUUUCCCAGGUGCACUAGCAGGGAGUACUGGCGCCCAUGUGGGAUACUGGCAUUGCAGGCUGUGGCCUAACCCACUAUGCCACAACGCUGGCCUCAAGUAAAUCUUUAAAAAAAAUAGAAAACUGAAAAGUAGAAUGUUCUACUGAACUGGAAAAUCAAUGUGCAAAGAGAAGAGACUCUCAGCCUCUCCAGCUGUGUCAUUCAGAGGCCUAUAAGCUUAAUCCUUUAAAGUGAGUCAUUCUAAACAGCUUAGGAAUGAACAUAAAUAAAUGAAAAGUUCUUGAACAUACAGACCAAAUUAAUUCAAUAAUAGGCAACAAAAUGGCCUGCUUAACAGCCUGGGCUCUGAAGGCAGACCACCUGGCCUCCAAUCUCAGCUCUGUCACACACAACCUUCUCAUACCACAGUUUUCCGAUCUGUAAAACGGGGGCAAAGCUGUAAGGAUGACUGAUUUAAUAUUCACAAACUAAGAACAAUGUCUGACAUACAGCAAGUACUUUUUAAAUGCUAGAAUUCUUACCCUCUGGAAUCUUUAACUAGCGUUCUUUUGUGUGUGUGUGUGUCAGGGGUAGGGAUGGUCUUUAUGAUAUACUUUCAAGAAAGAUAAGGAAACAAGCUACUUAGCCCCUUUAAACAUUAGACAUAUAGUCUCACAUUGCACGGUAGUGCAGGACUGAGAAAAUGACUAUGCAAGCUGAAACUGUGCAAAGCAAUCUUAAAGAUCAAGAAAAAAUAUGAUUAUGACUUUUUACAUUUUUUGUCAAAACAUUCAAAGCCCCUCUUGCCAUAAUUUGUAAGAAUAGGAAAAUGGUAAAAUCCUAUAUGGGCGCCGGUUCUAGUCCCGGCUGCUCCUUGGGCCCCUGCACCCAUGUGGGAGACCCAGAAGAAGCUCCUGGCUCCUGGCUUUGUAUCGGCACAGCUCCGGCUGUUGAUGCCAGUUAGGGAGUGAACCAGUGAAUGGAAGACCUUUCUCCCUGUCUCUCUCUUUCACUGUCUAUAACUCUACCUCUCCAAUAAAUAAAAUCUUUAAAAAAAAAAAAAAAGUGAAGUUAUCUAGACUAUUUGAAAAGAAGUUGUCUUUGCUUUCUUCUCUUUGUGUCUGUAUCCCAGGACGCUGAGGGAGCAUCCUCUGUGUGUCUCGGUGAGUUGUCACACUUCUUUGUAAAUCUGCAUCAGUUUCCAGCAUCCUUUCACUUUGCAGUUUCAAUCCUGUAAAAUAUCUGAGUUCAUUUAAUGUGACUUCUCUGCCAGCAUCACCUCCUUUGGGCAUCUUCAUCCUUUUUGCCAUAAUCACUUUUCUCAUCUGUGUGGUUUUUUAAAAAACUUAUUUAUUGGGGCCAGCAACAUGGCUCACUUGGUUAAUCCACCGCCUGUGGCACCGACAUCCCAUGUGGGUGCCAGGUUCUGGUCCUGGCUGCUCCUCUUCCGUUCCAGUUCUCUGCUGUGGCCCAGGAAGGCAGUGGAGGAUGGCCCAAGUGCUUGGGCCCCUAAGCCCACAUGGGAGAUCAGUAAGAAGCAUUUGGCUCCUGGCUUCGGAUCAGUGUAGCCCCAGCUGUGGCAGCCAUUUGGAGGGUGAACCAAUGGAAGGAAGAUCUUUCUCUCUGUCUCUCUCUCUCUCAUUGUCUAUCUGUCAAAUAAAUAAAUAAAUAAAUAAAUUGAAAGAGUUACAAAGAGAGAGGAGAGGCAGAAACAGAGAGAGAAGUCUUCCAUCUGCUGGUUCACUCCCCAGCUGGCCACAAUGACCAGAGCUAGACCGAUCCAAAGCCAGGAACCAGGAGCUUCUAACAGGUCUCCCACACAGGUGCAAAGGCCCAAGGACAUGGGCCAUCUUCUACUGCUUUCCCAGGCCAUAGCCGAGAGCUGGAUUGGAAGUGGAGCAGCCAGGACUCUAACAGGCGCCCAUAUGGGAUGCUGGCACUGCAGGUGGUGGCUUUUAUCCACUAUGCCACAGCGCCAGCCCCUCAUCUGUGUUUUUAACACUGGUGUCAGCUUUUAUCAGUACAAACAGAAACUGCAAGGAUUGCAGCUGUCAGAACGUCACACAGAGCUUACUCAGAAUGAUGUAAAAUGCAACUCUGGAAAUUAGACACGUAACAGAACAACUCAGCUUGUUGAAAGUAGCUGCUCAUUGAUAAGGCAACCAGAAUGUAACAGACACAAUGCUGACUUUCAGUUUCAACUUACAUACAAGGGCACUUCAAAAAGUUUGCAGAAAGUGGAAUUAAAAGAUAAGUUUAUUUUAGUACCAAAAAUCUCUGCAUAGUCUUUUCAUAAAAGUGCAUUUUCCAUGUAUUUUUGAAGACCCCUCCUGUAGUAGAAAAAAAAUCAAAAUUGCCCAACAUGGGUGUGGGCAUUCUCAGAACCUAGCACUUAUGUGUUAAUGAUUAUGUGCAUGGUGAAAUGGGUCAACAAAACACUGAAGUAAUUUAAUGAAUUCAACUGUACAGGGAAAUUUCUGUAGUAGUGAGACACUGGUAUAUGUUUAGAUGUGUAAGGUCUCAUACAGAUGAGGGAGAAACAGAAUUACACACUCCUUAGGCAUCUAGGGAAAGUUAUGGUCUCUCUCCCUUCAAAGUGUACCUGAGCAGGUACCUUUCAUGAAACAUCGUAGGGGAGUCACAGAGCCUCUGAAAUCCAAGUAGAAGCCCUGGCUACUGAAUCUAGAAUUUUUAUUUCGGGAGAAAACCCACCCAAGGUCUGCUUCAGAGCCAUCACAGGUCCUCAAAACUGUGGUCACUUUCCUAGAAAAGGCAAACUUCGGAGCCUGUGACGUGCCACCAGAAAACACAGAAUGCUGCUUCUUACCUCACUGUACAGUUUGUUCAACCCAGGCCUCGUCAAUGGCAAACUACCAUUCCCGAAAUACUCUUCCGAGAGCAAAGGUAUUACAAAAUCUGGCUGGAAAGCCGGUUGAAAAACACAGCAGAGCCAGCAAAUCAAACUGAAAACUGGUUGUCUUACACAGGACGUUGGCUGCCCUUGGGAUGAGGUUCCUCUGGAGCACUGGGCUUACUGCUGGCCGCAUCCUACUCUGCCUGUUCUCUCUCUCUUUCUCAUUCCCCAUUCUGUUUCUUUCUCUUCUCCCUUUAUUCUUCCUCCCUCAUUCUUUUUCUGCCCACUCCCUCCAGUGUUGGCCUCCAUGGACACUCCAGCCUCUGGCGCAAGAGAUUUCAGACCCUCAUCCAAGCGACAGAGAAAGAUUGAACUAAGACUUUAAGUUGCUUCAUCUGAAGCCAAAGAGCACACGAUGGUUUUGGAAAUGCUGAACCCAAUGCACUUUAACAUCACCACCAUGGUGCCUGCCGCCAUGCCUGCUGCUACCAUGCCCAUCCUGCUGCUCACCUGCUUUCUCCUCCUGAUAUGGAAUUACGAGGGCACGUCCUCAAUACCAGGUCCUGGCUACUGUAUGGGAAUCGGUCCCCUCAUUUCCUACGCCAGAUUCCUGUGGAUGGGGAUCGGCAGCGCCUGCAACUAUUACAACAAGAUGUAUGGAGAAUUCAUGAGGGUCUGGAUAUGUGGAGAGGAAACACUCAUUAUCAGCAAGUCCUCGAGCAUGUUCCACGUGAUGAAGCACAGCCAUUACGUCUCCCGAUUCGGCAGCAAACCUGGGCUGCAGUGCAUCGGCAUGCACGAGAACGGCAUCAUCUUUAACAAUAACCCAGCUCUCUGGAAAGUAGUUCGACCCUUCUUUAUGAAAGCUUUGACAGGCCCUGGGCUUGUUCAGAUGGUGGCGAUCUGCGUUGGAUCCAUCGGGCGGCACCUGGACAAGCUGGAGGAGGUGACCACCCGGUCGGGCUGCGUGGACGUGCUGACCCUCAUGCGGCGCAUCAUGCUGGACACCUCCAACACGCUCUUCCUGGGCAUCCCCAUGGACGAAAGUGCCAUCGUCGUUAAAAUCCAGGGUUAUUUUGAUGCCUGGCAAGCUCUCCUCCUCAAACCAAACAUCUUCUUCAAGAUUUCCUGGUUAUACAAAAAGUAUGAGAAGUCUGUCAAGGAUUUGAAAGAUGCCAUAGAUAUUCUGGUAGAGGAAAAAAGACGCAGGAUUUCCACAGCAGAGAAACUGGAAGACCAUAUGGAUUUUGCUACUAACUUGAUUUUUGCUGAGAAACGUGGCGACCUGACAAGAGAGAACGUGAACCAGUGUGUGCUGGAGAUGCUGAUUGCGGCCCCCGACACGAUGUCCGUCAGCGUGUUCUUCAUGCUGUUUCUCAUUGCAAAGCACCCUAGUGUUGAGGAGGCAAUAAUGGAGGAAAUCCAGACUGUUGUUGGUGAAAGAGAUAUAAGGAUUGAUGAUAUACAAAAAUUAAAAGUGGUGGAAAACUUCAUUUAUGAGAGCAUGCGGUACCAGCCUGUCGUGGACUUGGUCAUGCGCAAAGCCUUAGAAGAUGACGUCAUCGAUGGCUACCCAGUGAAAAAGGGAACUAACAUUAUCCUGAAUAUUGGAAGAAUGCAUCGACUUGAGUUUUUUCCCAAGCCCAAUGAAUUUACUCUUGAAAACUUCGCAAAGAAUGUUCCUUACAGGUAUUUUCAACCAUUUGGUUUUGGGCCCCGUGGAUGUGCAGGGAAGUACAUAGCCAUGGUGAUGAUGAAAGUCAUCCUGGUCACACUGCUGAGACGAUUCCAGGUGAAAGCGUUGCAAGGAAGGAGUGUUGAGAACAUACAGAAAAAAAAUGACCUGUCCUUGCACCCAGAUGAGACCAGUGACUUGCUGGAAAUGAUUUUUACUCCAAGAAACUCGGACACGUGCCUGGGACAGUAAAGAAGCUUGGUCAGUACCUAGUGGAGCACUUCCUGUCAGUAGUUCACCUGGAGCCCAUCCAUCCUGGUUGGGUAGUAUCAACCUCACAGUGGACAUUCAGUGGCCCGCGGUGUUGUAUUUUAGGCUUACUUCCUGUGGAUCAUCAGCACGAUGGGAGCUAUCAGUCAUGUGCUCUUGUCCCAACCAAAGAGAACCAGGCUGUAAGAGAAAGAGGACAGAGGCUAAGAGUCUGUAGGGGUCAGUGAGAAAACUGCAGCUCUGAAGUCCCAACUCCAGCUGACAUUCUUGGGAAAGGAUCAGUCACCAGCCAAACUUAUGCCUGCUUUCCUGCUGGACCUCCACUGUCCUGUCCCAAGGGCAUUUAAUGUCUGGGGAAGAAGGAUUCAAGUUGACUGGACGUGCCAGGCCAGUAUCAGAGUACCUGGCACCAAGCACACCCGCUGUUCUACAUAGAGGAGCUUUAAUUUGGUUUUGCAGGAGGAUGAUACAGCAGCAUUCAUACUCAUUGGAGAAAUAUUUACAAAUUCAAUAUCUGAUUUUCCCAUGAAUUAUGCCCAGUUAACUACUACAUAUCCGUGUGUAAACUGUCUCUGGCAAAAGUUGAAUAAGAGGAUGCCCUUUCCCAUUUUCUCCAAUUCAUGCCUCAGCUACUUACCUCUGCUACAACAGGUAUAGUUUGAGUUAAUACAAGUCAGCUUAGCAGUAGCCUGGGUAAAAUAUAAUUAGGAUCCUACAUCUUCUGUAGGGAAAAAAAUCAUACAAUCCAGUCAGAUACAAAUACAAAUGCAUUUCAUGUCUUUGCAUUAUUCCUUGGCUCCAUUAGUGUGGCUAACCAAGAGAUAACUUGAAACCAUUAUUUAACUUUAACCAUAGCUUCCAAGAUUUGGUGGAGGGGAAGUCCUGUAAGUCAUUUCUAAUUCUCUAAUAUAGGGGAU